AUUUUUUUACAGUAGUUCAUUUUUAGUAAAAGCCUAUUGGUGCAACAAUUGUGGCAACGGAUACAAAUACUCGCGUGGACUACGCAGACAUCAAUUGGAAUGCGGAAUGGAGAAACGCCUGAAAUGUUUGUUCUGCAGCCACAGGGCCCACAGACAGGACAAUUUGAAUUUGCACAUGUUUUUGAAACAUAAUUAUCCUACGCCGAAGUAUCCGAAACGCCUAUCAGACUGAAUAAAUUGUAGUUAUAAGGGAUUAUCCGUGGCUUUAAUGUGGCCAAGGUAAUCAAAUGUUCAAAUUAAAAGUAUCCAGUCGAAGUAAUGGUAAACUGUUUCAUUGCGAAAAAUGUGGCAACUCCUACACGUACAUUCGUUGUCUGAAACGCCAUAUGUUGGCUUGUGGGAAGGAAAAACGAUUGACAUGUUCCUUUUGCUCGCACAAAACUCAUAGACAAGACCAUCUCAACUUGCACAUGUUCCACAAGCAUAAUAUCGUUCCCCAAGCGGGUAAACCAAUCAAAGAAGACAAUUAAUAAAUGGAUAUAAUGUUGUUUUCAUCAUUGUUCACGUUAUUUGCCAUUAAUUUAGAUUGUACAUAGAGAUACGGAAAGUUGAAGUUAUGUUUUACAAUGAAUUAGACAGUGUAAUACAAAGAACGCUCGUUGCAGAAUACGUAUGCCUCCCGUGGUGGGAGGCAUACGUAUGUAAGCUUCGUGGCUUGACGUAAUUGGGAGUGGUUCCCACUUACGUCAAGCCACGAAGCUUACAUAGUACUUAAUAAUCAAUAAAUUAAAUAGUCACUUAAUUUUUUUUAAAUAGAUAAUGUAUUAGUCGACUAAUUUUUUAAAAAAUCGAUAACUAAUGAAUCGUUUAUUUUUGUUUUAUCGUUUAUUUUCGAUUAAUCGAUUAUUUUGAUUAAUCGAUUGAUUAAUGAACGCCUUAGUAUUCUUGUGCUUAAACGUCCUCAAAAAUUAAAUGUUUGAAGGGAAAUAUUUGACGACAGUGUCAUAAGUCCCUUUUUUAUUGACGGUAACCUAAAUGAUGCUAUACAUUUAGAUUUUCUUCAAGAACAGAUUAUUCCGGCAGUUUUCCAAGUUACAAUUCACGGAGAGUGACAGAAUUUCACAAAACUAUAAUCACUACAAGCUGUUCGAAAGUGGCCUCCAAGAUUUAUUACGUUAUUCAUUUUUUUGUGGUGUUUCUGAAAGAGACCAUAUGCUUUUGAAAAAGCAACAAAUAUCGAUGGAUUAAGGCAUAAAAUUAUCCAACACUGUGCAAAUCAACUCAGAAAUAUGAGAUUAUCUUUGUGAAAUAGAUUUGGCUAUUGGUAGUGAUUCCGCGAGACAAGAGAUUCUCGUCUAUCGUCUCGUCUCGAACGAGACGAGAGAGACAUUUUCUCUCGAAAACAGAUUAGAGACGAAACGAGAGAGUGUCAUCUCUCGACGAGAAUUUCUCAUUUCUCUCGAGCUCUCUUGAGCUCUCUCGGGCUCUCUCGAACAAUUUUCUCUUUGCUUAUUUGAAAUUUUCAAUUGCUUAUCGUAACUUAAAAUUUUAACAUGUUAGAUUUCGAGAUAGUCAAAAAGUUAACUAUAAAAUACCUAUUCUAUAAAUGGUAACAAAUGAUACUUGUGUUAUUAGGAUUUUAUAGUGAUUUAUAAGAAAAAAUAUUUCUCAUUUAAUUUAUUUAAAAUUUACACAAUCAUUUCUUAUAUUUAACCCACUCUGCUUUUCUAAGGUUACUUUUAAAGAUAUGUUGAACAUUUUUAAGCGGUUUUUCGAAAAACUGUCAAAAAAAAGGUAAUCCAAACGAAUGUAUUAUAUAAAGUGAGAACGAAAAUUAUACCCUCCACUAUUUUACCUUCUAAAUGAAAAAAGAUAAUGACAAAACAAAAACGAGGCAAAACUCAAGAGAUAAUAUAUUUUUGUUAUAACGAGAUGCACUUUACUUUACUUUAAGAUAGAGGGAGUUACUAGCUUCAAAUUUUCUAAUGGAAAGUAGGGUCAUGUGAUACCUCAUUUGAAAGAUAUUUUCUAUAUUUUUACGUUCAUGUAAACAUAUUUAGGUUUUUAUGUUUUUACAGAAUUUACAUUAAAUAAAUUCAUAAAUUAGGUUAAAUUCUUUUUUUUACCGCUUCAACCUCAAAGGAUCAUUACCGGAGGUAUAAUAACUUAUAAAUGCUGUUUUUUACAAUAGUAUACAAUUGAUAAUUAACAUUUUGGCUAGUACAGAGUAAAUGACAGUAUCUUUUAUAAAUUUAAGUAAUUUUUUACUGUUAGAGGGAUUUAACACUGCACAAAUGGCAAUUUUUUGUAGCUGGUACUUUGUUUUUAUACAGACAUGUUCUGGGCCUUUACUAAUAAGUUACACUCUUGAUAACUCUCAUAUUAACAAUUAUUGUUUAUUAGUAAGGAAACGCUUCAUGUAUUUACUAAAAUAAAUAAAAAGAAUAUCAAAAGUGAUUUAAAAACCACUUGACGUAUUAAAUUUUUUAUAACUUCUUGGCAAAAAAAGCUUACUAAAAAAUUAUCUUCUACCAUUAUCUAACAUUUCUAAGAUUAUUGCGGCACACGAGGAUUAUCAAGAAUGUACUUUUUGUAAAAACAAAAAAACAUUAAAACUGUUUGCUUGGACGUAAAUAUAAUCAAAAUAUCUUUCAAAUGAGAUAUAACAUGACUUUACUUUCUAUUAGAAAAUUUAAAGAUAUUCUCUAUUUUACGUCUUAAGUAAAGUGCAUCUCAUUAUAACAAAAAUAUCAUAAUCAUAAUUUCACAUCGUUUUUGUUUUAUAUCUCUAUCUUCUUGCAUUUUGAAAACAUACUACAAAAUGCUUUCAUUUGACAUCGCAGUAUUGCAUUAGAAAAAUUCAAACUUCCAAUUUAACCUCUUCCCCCCCUCCCUAACUGACUUACAAGAGAAAGUAUUUUCGUUUUUAGUUAACGCCUAAUCAGGGCCACUUAUUACUUUAAAUUUCAAUUGUAAAACGACUGUGACAGACGAACAGACAGAGAGACAUAAGUGUUUCUUAUUGCCAAAUUUGGGCACCAAAAUUUUAUCGUUUUUUCAUGUUUGGUCUGUUUCAAAUUUAAAUUUGAUAUUAUUUUAUCACUACAGAAAAGAGACGAGACGAGAGAAAGGCUCUCUUGAGCAAGAGAAGCGCUUUCUCGUCGAGACGAGAGAACAGUUUUCUCUCGCCCUACGUCUCGUCUUGUCUCGCGGCAUCACUAGCUAUUGGUUGGCAUAGCAAAGAUUUUUAUUUUAACCUUUAAUUUAUUAGAUUUAUUUUUAGAGUGUAUUUAUUUAUUUUUAUUUGUAUUUUUUAGAAUUAUUUUUAUUUUAUUUUUUUUUAGAAUUUUAUCUUGUUUUUUUAUAUGACUAACUAUUUUUUUUAACACCGGUAUAGUAAAAUGGAAACCACAGUAGUUAUUUUCAUAAAUAAUUUUUUACAUAAUAAAUAAUCCUAUUUUUGAAGGGCUAGAAGCUAGAAGUAGAUUCCAACGAUAACAUUUUGAUACUAAAAUCAAAAUUAUUUUCCAAACGAGCGGAUCAUAGAAUUCCUCAUCUUUGCUAAAGUAUGUAGUAAGACAGCCCUCGGUGAUCAAGUCUUUGUUUAUACAUAUGUCCCUAUUAUACCUUGUCUAAGUCAUUGUAAAACAGAGGGCAAAUGUUUAACUUUCCAUAUCAUAUGAAGAUAGAAACAUGUGGUUUCACUAAAAUAAUUCAGUUUGUAUCAAAAUGAAUUCGGAAACAUUGUCAAUUCCGAUCAACUUAAAUAUUUUUCUUUAUUUUUUAAACUGGACUCUCUGUAUAUUUUUUGGUGCUUCUAACGCCCUUUGAAAAAUAGGUAGACAAAAAAUACAGGUUUAUGAACAAAAUAAUUUAUUAAACAGCUAGAAAUAAUUAAUUUGACAUCAAAUAUGAAUAUAGGUAUCAACAAUAUGAAAAGGAACACAUUUUUUUUUCACGUAAAAGUAGAAACAAUCUUUAAAAGUUUAGAAAAUAUUUACAAAAAUCAGGACUUCACAUUUAACAUCCCGUAUCUCGGAAACAAAACUUUUUCGGACCUACGUUUAUAUAAACUUUUACUCCUAUUUUAAGAUGUACAUUACGCUGUUAAAACAUGACCGUCUAAUUUCGGAAUACCCUGUAUUUUAUUUCUAAUUUUUGCACCAUAGUUUUUAACGAAAACUGAAUCUUUCUACCUUUGUUUCAUUAAAAGUGAAAUACUGUUAAAAUAGUUGAAGAAAACAUCUUAAAAUAGUCUAUGAACGACAAAGAUAGAUAUACGAAUCAUGCUUGUGUGACGCCUCAAACUACUGUCAUUUAAAAAAGAAGAAUUGGCUCACUUUGGAAUCGUUUUCGUGGAUAACUCCAUAUAAUUAGACACCCUGAGUGUAAUGGAACUUAUUCUUCUUGUUGGUAAAUGAUAGAUUAUGAGUUUUAUAUCAUGGAAAGAUAUUUUCAAAAAAGAAAUUGUGCUAUAUUUUAUAUUUGUUUUGUAUUUAUAUAGUUUGAGUUGUCUAUCAUCACUAUGUCUCAAGUAGGGAUCAGUUACCUAUGAAAUUAAAGAAGUUUACACAUCAGAUCGUUUUUAUUUUUGACAUAAUAAAACCACAAGAGGUUAUAUCGGUUCAAUAAAUAAAUCAUUUUUAACGUCUUGUGGGGUCAAAUAGUUACUCUUCUGCUAAAAGUGUAUGGAGAAGGAAUGCCUCUUCUUCCUUGAGAUGGCAGUAUCCUCAUAUGAUAAGCAUAGACCUCUCAGUAAUUUCUUAAAAGCAGCAUUUCAAUUUGUUGAAUAGUUUUAUACUUUUGCAGUUUCACGUGAGUGAUUAAAACCCAUUUGUUACUAUGUAAUUAAUUUUUUAACCAAUAUUUGCAUGUUUCCCAAUCGAAAUUUUAGUUCUAUAACUUAGUUUUUUUAGAGUUCUUGCAAUACGAAUGUCCGAAAUGCCAGAAACGUUACAAAUACAAAUGGAAUCUGCUGCGCCACACCAAAUACGAAUGCGGGAUGCCGCCUCAAUUCACGUGCAAAAUCUGCAUGAAAGCGUUCACGCAGAAGAGCAGUUUGAAAUCUCACGUGGCUUACAUACAUGGAUUUUACUUAACCAUUGAAUGAAUUAGGCAUUCCAAACAAAUGAAUUGUCAGUGGGAAGGUUUGGUAUAUCUAAGGGUUGCGACAUACGAUGUAUUCUAUCUAGUAAUCAUAAAAUCAUGAAUAAUGGAUUAAAUUUAAAUAUUUUAUGUCAAACAAUAAAAAUAAUAUUUAAAAAACCCGCUUAUACAUUUCUUCAUAAAUUGGUAGGCUUAGCUCGAUUUUUUUGUGAGGAGCACAUUUCUUCAUAGCUAUGCCACAGUUCGCUCAGUACGUCAUAACUUUGUGGAGCUUUAGUUGAUGGCGCUGGGCUGAAAUCUGCUGCGGUAGGGGUACCUGCCUUGGCAGUGGCGUGUGUACAUUAAUAAAAUAUUUUAAAUCGAACAUAUUAAUAAGUUAAUGUUAAAUUUUAACUAUUCGUUAGUUAAAUUGCUGAUGAACUUUAAAUUAAUAAAACAAC